UCGCUUGUGUGGGCCGCCGUCGGAUGAGCGCCCCAUCCACGCGUCAUGCAUCCACGUCGGGGCUGCACGGACUGCUGUUUGCACCCGGUUUGCACCAGAUUUUUUUCCGGUCACGUGGGCAGUACAGAGCAUUGGAGCCCGCGCCUUGGCUGGGAUUGGCUUCGAACUCUUUCUUUCCAGCCACGACAGGCAAACCUACCCCAACGCACUGGUGGGUUUCCUUCAUGACAUAUGGGCCCAACAUUGUGCGGUCCCACGAGUUUACUUCAGGUUGGGUAGGGAGAUGGGUAACAUUGGAGGAGGCAAAAGAACUUGCUCGAACUGCAGUUUGUGGUCCUAGAGCAGGGAGGUCACGUGAUAGCGGAGCACUUUUGAGAGUGGUCUGGUUUGGGCUUUCGGCCUUUUUUUGAUAAAAGCCCAUCAAGGCGAAGGCCCAGAAAGAUCUAGAACUACAUUGGCCCAACCUGCCCGCUUCGCCUCGUCCCCCCUCCGCAAUUCGCCGAGCAGCACGCGCGCCCCGCCGCCGCUUACUCCUUCCACUACGCCACCGACCCGCGCCGCCGCCGCUUCCCCCACGAGGCCACCGACCCUCGCCGCCGCAGCUAUGCAGAAGGUGCGGCUCAAGUGGGUGAAGAACCGGGGCCUGGACCACAUCAUCGCCCGCACGACCUCCAUCAGGGCGUCCUGCCUGCUGCUCGACCACCUCGCGCGCCUCCCGUCGUCGUCGCCCGUGCCGGCGCGCUCCCUCGCGCGCCUUCAGAAGCCGCUUGGCCUCACCGUGCCCGUGCUCCGCUUCCUCCGCCGCCACCCCACCCUCUUCGCGGAGACCCUGCACCCGCGCUUCCCGACCCUCCCGUCCUUCUCCCUCACGCCGGCCUCGGACAUCCUCCUCGGCCGCCUCGCCCGCGCCUCCGCGCUCGACUCGCACCUCCGCCUCGCCCGCCUCCUCCUCCUCACCCGCUCCAAGUCGCUCCCGCUUGCCUCCGUCCUCCCGCUGCGCUUCGACCUCGGCCUGCCUUACAACUUCGCCGCCGCCUUCCCGGUCGCCCACCCCGACCUCUUCGCCGUCUCCAACAACCACAUCUCCCUGUCCGCUACCGCCUCCGGCCUCCCCGAGGGCAUCGCCAUCUCCUCCCUCCAGCGCCGCCACGCCGAGGCCAUCGAGGGAGCGACCUACCGCGCGCUGUCUCGGCCGCCGUCCUCGUCAAUCGCCCCCCUCGCCUUCCCGAUGCGGUUCCCGCGUGGGUAUGGCGGGAUGAAGAAGGUCAAGGCCUGGAUGGACGAGUUCCACAGGCUUCCGUACAUCUCCCCGUACGACGACGCGUCAGGGAUCGAUCCCGACAGCGACAUCUACGAGAAGAGGAACAUUGGAUUGCUGCACGAGCUGCUCGGUCUGAUGGUGCACAAGAUGGUUCGGAGGAACGCGAUUCGGCUGCUCCGGGAGGAAUUGGGCCUGCCGCACAAGUUCACGAGAUUGUUCACGCGGUACCCUGGGGUUUUCUACCUGUCGUUGAAGUGCAAGACGACGACGGUGGUGCUCCGGGAGGGGUACGAGAGGGGUAAGCUGGUGGAGCAGCAUCCCCUUGCGGCAGUGAGAGACAAGGUGUUCUAUGUGAUGCGUACUGGCGUGCUGUUCCGGGGGAAAGGCUUGUCCAAGCUUGUUUUGGAUGAGGAUGGUGAUGAGGAGGUUGUGAUGGAUGGAGAUGAAGAGUUUCACGGAGAAGGGAUGGAUGAAGAUGCUGACGUUGAGUGCUUUGGAAUGGAUAUUGGUGGAUAUGAAGACAAUACUGAUGAUGAGGACAACGAACGGGAUAUGUAUGAUUGACAUUGCAUGAUGAUUCUCACUUGCUGAAUUUCGUUGUUCUGAAAUGUUAACGACUCCUGGAUGUCAGCAAUAUGGUUCAAGUUGUUGCCUCCAAAGGAGAGGUUUCAACUCAUGAAUAUUCAUAAGAGAGUCUUAUCUGGCUCAUGAAGGAGAUGUUUCAGAAGGCUAUCACUUCAAUUUGACAACUAAGCGGAGUGCAGUGUGUCACUUCAAACGGAUCACACAACUCAUUAUGAAUUUAAGUAUUUACUCUCUCAGAGUUCCCAUUACCACUCAUAAGCACUGCUAAUAUGUGUUCUCCUGUGAGCAUUACUUCAAUGGUAUUACACCACCUGAGGAGACCAUGGGUUGAUCUAUUUAAAAUUUUGAUCUGUUUCCACUACAACCCAUUCAGGUCAGUCUCAACAUGUUGUUAAAAAAGCAUCACCUAAGAUGUAUUAGAAUUUUAAAGAUGUACAGUACACCUGCACAUUGUCUAAGUGAUUAUAUAAGAGGUUUCAAUGAAUCUGAUAUUAUUGCUUUUGUGAUCAUCUGUAUGAAUUUGUUGUUUUGUGAUCAUCUUAAGUUCUUAUGCUGUUUUCAUGCAGUCUUUUUUUAUCUCACUCACUCAUUCAGGUUUGUUCAUCUUUAUUCACGACAUUAAAAUUCUUGCAUGAGGUUGAUUUAAAUUUUAUAUUAUUUAGAACACUAACAUAGAGUAAGUAGAGCACACCAUCUUUGACAUUUGAGAAUAGGUUUCACAUCUAUGAAUGACAGUACAUGAACUGAUGAUAUAUGACAACAGUUCUUGAAGAGCAAACAUACGGCUGUUGCCUGUUGGUCUCAAUCCAUUUAUUUUCUUCUUUAUUUGGAGUUAUUAUCCCCUGAGCCUAUCUAUCUGUGUGCAUUAUAUAUUUUUUAUUAUUUCUUCUAUUUGAACUGUUCACUUGAUUUUUGGUACGGUAUUCUCCAACAUCCCACGUUUAUGUAUUAUUAUUGUUGGCUGUAGAAUUGCAGUACUUUAUUCCCUAAUCUUUUAGGAACUUAACCAAACUAGAAUAUUUGAUACUAACAUAACAGCACCUAAGAAAACAAUAAAUAUUAUCUGUGAAGCAGCACAUAAUAGCAAAAUUUUAGCCUUACUUCUACCUUAAAUUUUAAGUCUCUGUGUCUUGCUGUGGGUGGGCUGCCAGGGGCUACUUUUGUGCAUCUCAGAACAGGAUGUGAUUAUGUGGAGCAGCAGGCGGAUUCAGAGCCAGCAAUUCCUGCCUGACGCGCAUGGCAACCGUGAUGAGUUGUGAGUGCCCAGAUGGAUGGAGGGCCAGGGAUGAGGGAACAAGAAAAGAAGCAAGCUAAUUUGUUGCCUGAUUAGACAUACACUGCUUGCCAAUUGCCAAGAACUUUGUCAAAAAGAAAUGACCCAGUGGGCCACCGGUUAUUUCUUGAGUAGGAGUAAUCCCAAUGCCACAUGCUACUAGUUUCACUAAUGGGCACAGCUUUUUUAAAAUCUAAAGCUAAUCAUUAUAUCAUGCACCUAUUUCUAUUUGAUGAUGAUCCAUGCUUAACUUUUGAGCUGUUCCUUUUCUGCUGUGCACCGUGCACCAUUUCCUAGAGAGAGCAUUAUAGGAAAGAGAAAAUUUAGUGCAAAGAAAUCAUGCUAUAUGAUAUUAAGAACAAUGGAACCUGAGCUUUAUCCAAAAAAAUGUUCACUACAAAGUUGACAAUUUCGAGUUUAUUGGCGUGGACUAUAGAUAUACUUGUCUUAUUGAUGAUACUGGCAUUUUGCAUCUGCUGUGCUUCAGGAUCACAUGCAACAGAUGAGGCAUCAUUGACACCAUGAAUCUGAUCAUGAAACUGGAGGUGCAGGCGGUGCAUGGAAGCUGCUCCCGGAAAUCUGGUUGCAGAAUCGGGCAGUGUGGAAGCAUGGGAAUCCUAUGACACCUGCUGAUUUGUAUGCGCAUAUGAUAGAUCGUUGUCCAGGCAAACAGCUUACUUGACAUGAACAUCCGUGCUACUGGGAGCCCGGAGAAACGAAGUAAUGGAGGAGCAACAAGUGUUUAAACCUGAUUAACUAUCAGGUCAGUUUCCCACUCUUCAGGAUUUUUUUGUUAAUGAAACUGUGGUCCUCAAAUUACCCGAUCACCUCACCCGUCCGGAUUCAGAUCAGGUGCAGUUAUAGCUGUGACUGCAACUUAAGAACUGCAAGCAAUUUCAGCCGUCCAUUUCAGUGAUCAAUGGCUCAGAUCUAGUGAUACAGCGACCGUACAAACAGUAUUCUGUGAUACAGUGUUUUGCUACAGUGCUAUGAACAGUAUGCCUCACUGAUCUGGACCGUUCCAUUUGCAUCUGUUAAUGAAAACUGGUACUGCCUAAGUUGCAGUCCCAGCAGCGACUGCACCUGAUCCGGAUUCCCAGCGAGCAGCGACACAAGAUGAUGGAUAAGAAAAGCAGUGUCACUUGGAAAACAUUUUUUCUCGGUCAAUAGACAAAACUAUAGCGAGUCUAAAAGGAAAGACAGGACAUGCCACAGGUGCGAUGGCAUUACAGGGAAGGGAAGAGAGCAAGAAAAAGCUAAAGAGGAGGACAUCCUAUGUAGGGUGAGUUGACGACUUGUCUUCUUGUCCUGACAACGACUGCCACAUUGUGCAUCACGGGCAAUCAGGCACCUUAUCAUAUCUAAAUCCACCUAUAUUUGCAGUUGAUCCUUUGAUUAGUUUGCUAAUGGUUUCUUCCGCCACCUGCCUGAAAGCCCACAAAUAUAUGCCCACUUGGUACGGUAUAUCCAAAAGAGAAACAGUAUUAUCCAUUAACUUCAGUUCUAUGGAUUGUGACUUCUCUCCUUAUUUGGUUUC